AUGCGGACGGUUAUUCCAGAAAAUAAAGUGUUGCCAGUGAUGGAGAGAUAUGGAGGCUCAACUGAUCCCGUCAAGCAUCUUAGGUCCUUCAUUGAUGCCAUGGCGGUGUACUCAUCUGACGAAAUGGUGUGGUGUAGAGUUUUUUCACUAUCAUUGAAAGGUGAAGCCCUGGACUGGUUCCAUUCACUCCCACCCCAGACGAUAGAUUGUUUUGCNACUUUGCGACGAUUGUUCAGUCAACAAUACAUUUCCAGUAAAACACCUGGAAUGACCUAUACAGCACUAAUGAGAAUAAAACAAGGGAGAGAAGAAUCAUUGAAAACAUUCAUNGAAAGAUUUAACCGNACGGCUCGACAAGUACGAAAUAUUGACCAACGACUGAUAGUCAGCGCCUUAACCUCUGCCUUAAAGCCGGGCCCUUUCGUCGACUACCUAUACGCUGAAGAACCACAAACCAUGGCCGAACUACAGNAUAAAUUGACAAGCUUCAUCAGGAUUGAAGAAGGAAGAGCCCAUUAUAAGGGCCAGGAGAGUGAGUCAAGAGGACCGAUGAGGAGGGAAGGCAUAAAUCGAGAAAUUCCAAGAAGAGAUGAAAGGCCGAUCGGUUCAAGGAGAAUAAAUCAACCCCAGCUUUUNCAACGUGCCCAUCAUACGCCUCUUAACGCCCCUCGUACCAGGAUUAUGGAAGAAGCCCUAAGAGCAGAUUUAUUGAAGCCAGUUCGNGCUCCCACACCCCUAGGGGCCGACGAAAGCAAAUAUUGUAAAUACCAUCAAAACAGGGGUCACACUACUGAAGACUGCAACACUUUGAAAGAUAAAAUUGAAAACCUCAUUCAGGCGGGGCACUUGCAGAAAUAUGUGCAGCGUCAUCGGNCGCNCGACCAGAGCGGUANAGCUCACAAGAGUGAAAAGAGUAGACGAAACCANAGCAGAAGCAGAAGCCGAAGCAGGGAGAGGGUGACCAAGGGUAUAAUAAAUACCAUCUCUGGUGGGUUUGCAGGAGGCGGUCCAUCAAUAUCGGCCCGCAAAAGGCAUCUACGAAAUUUACACCAUGUGAACCAAACGGGAGUAACCAAAAGGUCUAUGCCUACAAUCUCUUUUUCAGACAACGACUUCCAUGCUCCAGAUCCUGAUCAAGACGACCCGAUGGUAAUAAUAGCCAUGAUCGCUCGGUUCCAGGUAGGGAAGGUGCUGAUAGACCAAGGCAGUUCAGCCAAUAUUCUAUAUUGGAGGACGUUCACGCAGAUGGACAUACCCGAAGGGGUUAUCCAACCCUUCAACGAACAGAUUGUGGGCUUUGCAUGCGAACGGGUGGACACAAGGGGAUAUAUAGACCUCAAAGUAAGCUUGGGGUUGGAAAAAGAUGCUAAAGAGCUUCCAGUUCGUUUCCUACUAGUCGAAGCGGAUACCUCAUAUAACGCCCUGUUAGGACGACCUUGUUUGAAUGCAUUCGGUGCUAUUGUCUCAACACCACACCUAGUGUUGAAAUACCCUUCUGACCAAGGAACGGUGUGUACCGUACGGGCUAACCAGAAGAUGGCAAGGGAAUGCUACGCAGCAGGGCUUAAAGUAAAGCAACGUACACACACGAAAAUAGAAGAUCGAUCGGUGAUUGCGAUGACUGAUCUAGACCCAAGACUGAAUACAGAAGACCGAAUGGAGCCCGUAGGAGAAACCCGAUCAUACAGCCUGGAUAAGGAACUGGACAGAGACACAUCAGUUGGGAAAAAUUUGAACGACUACCAAAUAAUGAAGAUUGGUGAAGUGCUAACUCGAAACAAGGAUCUGUUUGCAUGGAUUCCUUCUGAUAUGCCGGGAAUACACCCAGAUGUCAUGGCUCAUAAGCUAUCAGUGUUUCGCGAUGCCCGGCCGGUCGCACAGAAGAAAAGAAGAUUAGGGUUGGAAAAAAGACAAGCUGUAGAAGAAGAGGUACAAAAAUUGCUAGAUGCCGGUUUUGUACGGGAAGUGAAAUAUACUACUUGGCUAGCCAAUGUAGUCUUAGUGAAAAAAUCUAAUGGCAAAUAG